GACUGUCAAACCAAACUUCGUUUUCCUAUAAAUUCCAAAUAAAUUGCCAAGGAUUAAUUUCCUUGCCAAAUGGUUAAAAUAUUUUGAUUUGAUUUAAAAGAUUUUCUGUCCAUCUAGAUAGAAAAAACACACCAUGACAUCGGUUAAGGUUGCUGUGAGAGUUAGACCUCUGAAUAAAAGAGAGGUGGAUCUAAACAGCAAUUUUAUAAUUGAAAUGCAUGGGAAAAAGACCACAAUUACAAAUACAAAGUUGGCAGAGGAGAAGUUGGAUGGAGUCUCGGAGACAACACGGGAGGCUAUGAGGGUGAAGGAUUUCACUUUUGACUUCUCCUUCUGGACUGUGGACCGAUUGGACACUGAAAGAUACCACGACCAGCAGACAGUGUACAAUGGUCUUGGAGUGGAUGUGGUUGACUCUGCUUAUGAAGGCUACAACGCUUGUGUUUUUGCCUAUGGACAGACAGGAUCGGGGAAAACCUACACCAUGAUGGGACCUCCUGACGAUGUAGGAUUGAUUCCUCGUAUCUGUCAAGAGUUGUUUAUUAGAAUGACAGAUGAAACAACCAGUUAUAGAACAGAAGUCAGUUAUCUGGAGAUCUACAACGAGAAGGUUCGUGACCUGUUAAAGGGGAACUUGUCCGAUCAUGUAGUCCACAAUCUGAGGGUCCGGGAACACCCAAAGGAUGGGCCUUAUGUCCAGGGUUUAUCAAAGUACAUAGUAAACAGCUACACAGAGAUUGAAGGCUUGAUGCAGAAAGGCAAUUCUGUCAGAACAACUGCCUCGACAAACAUGAAUGAUGUUAGCAGCCGAUCUCACGCAAUCUUCACUAUAAUCUUCACUCAGGCCACAAUAAAAUCUGGUAUCCCCAGUGAAAAGACAAGUAAAGUUCACCUUGUAGAUCUGGCAGGAAGUGAGCGUGCCACAGCCACCGGGGCGACAGGUGUGCGGCUGAGGGAAGGAGGAAGUAUAAACAAGUCGCUUGUCUCCCUUGGAACAGUUAUCAAACAGCUUGCUGAGGCCUCAGAGAAAGGCCAGCGAGCGGGAAAGGGCACUUUUAUCCCGUACCGAGAUUCCGUCCUCACCUGGCUCCUCAAGGACAGUCUUGGAGGAAACUCUCGCACCAUCAUGAUCACCACAAUUUCACCAGCCGAAGUGAACUAUGCAGAAACCCUAAGUGCCUUACGAUAUGCCAAUAGGGCUAAAAAUAUCAUCAACAGACCUACUGUCAAUGAGGACAAGAAUGUGAAGAUAAUCCGAGAGUUGCGGGAAGAGAUAGAGCGACUGAAGACCAUGAUUGGAGGAGAUAUUGAUAGCAUUUCAGCACCGAUGGUGAAGGAAAAGCUACAUGAGAGUGAGGCUAGGAUGAAAGUAUUGACAGAAGAAUGGAGUGAAAAAUGGAAGGAUAUUGCUUCAAUCCUGAAAGAGCAGGGAACGUUGGCCCUACGGAAGGAAGGUGCGGGAGUGGUGUUAGAUUCUGCCCUACCUCACUUGAUCGGCAUCGAUGAUGACAUCCUCUCCACUGGCAUCAUGCUCUUCCAUCUCAAGGAAGGGAAAACAAGAGUUGGGAAAAGUCAUGCUCAGCCAUCUGUGGAUAUUGUGAUAGCCGGUGAGGAGGUAAAGGUGGAGCACUGUAUGAUAGAGAAUGUGAACAACUCUGUCACACUCUUCCCCGCCCCAGACGCCCUCUGCUCUGUCAACGGAAACCUUGCCACCCAGCCAACCAAACUCACUCAGGGUGCAGUGGUGGUUCUUGGGAAGACAAACAUGUUCCGAUACAACAACCCAACCGAGGCUGCUCAGAUGAAGGAGGAACUCAAAAAGGGAACAUUUCUUAUGCAGAAGAGUGGCAUGCGUCUGUCGCUGUCCAGGACAACCCUAAUCAGCCAGUCAAUGGGAGAUCUCUACCGCUCAUCUGACAACAUUUCAGGAUGGGAGCUGGACAGUUCCCACAGAGAGGAGAAGGAGAGGAUAGAGGAACUGAGAGGUCAGAUCCGGUGUUUAGAGGACCGUUACCACGCGGAGGAGGAAGAACGGAUCAACCAGCAGGUGGCACUGGAGAUGGAGCUGGAGAGACGGCAGGGACAGCUGGACCGCGCCCAGCGUGACCUUGAACGUGUUCAGCUGGAGGUCAUACAGGCUCACCAGACCGGCAUUGUUAAGCUGCCCAAGGGUUCUGAGAUAGACGUCCUGUUAUCAAGACUGGAUGAGAGGGAGAGAGACAUACAGGAGAGGGCCAGGCUCACUUCAGAAACCCUCCAUCAGAAAAUAGAGGAUCUGCAUUUAGAGAACGAGUGUCGUAAGGAACGCACCCUUGGGCACAUAACUGUGUUGGAGGACAAAUGUCGACUCAAGGACACAGAGGUCAAACUCCUGCAGGAUGAACUGGCUGUGAAGAAACAGGCAGCACAUGAACAGGAUGCUGAGGAUCAGAAGGUGAUCAAUGUUGAGCAGGAGCAGCUGGACCGGAUGAGGAAAGACUUUCAGGUCCUCUUUCACAGCCAGCUUGAUGGAGAUAAAGCACUAAAACAGAAAUAUACUGAGGUUGAACAGAGUGAGCAGAAGUUACAGUCAGAGUUUGCCUGUCGUGAGGGGGAGAUGAAAUCACGCUGGGAGCAUAGCGUGCAGGAUAUUGCUGGAGAAAACCGGGACAUCGAGGAGGCCUGGGCCGAUCUCCGACAUCAGGAGGACGAACUCAACCAGCUGCUGGAGACUGAGGGAUUAACUGAGGGUGAGAGGGAGGAGGCUAAAACUGAAAGAGACCAACUAGAGGAAGCCAAGACCUUGCUGAAACUGGAGGAGCAGAAAGUGGCGACAAGAGAGAGGAAAAUCCUCGAUGCUAUAGAGGUGGAGAUGGACCGCUGGGAGAAAUAUAAGGGGGUGGAGCUGGAGAAGGUUGAGGAGAUGAAAGAUGCCAUUGCUAAAGAGUGUGGAAAUCAAGAUCUUGAUAGACUUAGUGGUAAAAUACAUGAGAAACAGACAGUGAUAAGUGAAAUGGUGGAGGAUUUGAAGCAUCAAGAGACUGCUUUAAGAGAGUUUGAGAAGGACAUCGAACAAAGACAGAAAAAAUAUUUGGAAGAGAAGGAGGAGCUUCUUGUAGAGAAACAGAAACUCCAUGAUACUCAGUGUAAGGCAGUGAUUAAGUUUGAGAAGGAUAUAAUCUCCAUCAAUGAAGACCUUGAAGAUCUAGACACAAAAUUGAAUGAUGAGCUCAAGGAAAUCCAGGAAGAGAGGGAGGGAUUGUUGAUGUUAAAGAAGUCACGGAGUAUGGCAGACUCUGGGAUCGAGGCGGGGGACCUAGAUGAACAUCUUCAGAUGAUUGAUGUAUCUGAUAAAGACCAGCAACGCAUUGAGGAGAAGAAAAAGGAAUUAACAGAGCUGCAGGCAGCUGUAGACCGUGCCAAUGAGCAGCUGGAGGAGAAGGUUUGCCACUUUGACCUCGCUCGUGACAAUGAGCUUGACUUCAUCGAGUUGGAGAAAGACAGCCUGCAGGAACGUGUACGCCAGGACAAGAUCAACGCCCUGGUGGAGCAAGAGGUGAAGCGUCGAAUGUUUGAAGAGAAACUUGAGCGUGAGCAGAAACGACAGCUUGAGCGUGACCGGGAACGCCAGGAACGUGACGAGGAGAUCAAACAUCUCAAGGAGGCACACCAUCGUGAGAUGAAGAAACUCAAGGACAAAUUUGAACGCAGCCGGGCAGAUACUGGUGGAAGAACCAUGACCCCCUCUCUAUCAAACCCCUAUGUCACUGUCAUGUCGGCAGACUCAGAAAUGGACAUGCCUAGAAGAAAAAGUACUGGUUGUUCGUUGAACCAGGAGUUGCCCGGGUCCAUCCACAUCUCCAUUCCCUCAUACCGUAUCCAGGCAUACGGCUCGGACAGCCACUAUGAGUAUGAGGUCAAGAUUGUGAUUGGGGAUGAUGUUUGGUCCAUACAGCGUCGCUACAGCAAGUUCCGGGAGUUUCACAUGGCCCUCAAGAGCAAGAUUCCAGAGCUAAAUGCACUAGUUUUCCCACCGAAGAAACUGUUCAGUAAAACAGACAAAGUGGCUGCAGAGAGAAGGGAACAGCUAGAGUUUUACAUGCGUAGUGUGUUGGAGAUCUGUAUGAAGAUUCCCUCGUGUCCCCUACACUUGUCCCAGAAUGCCUUUCUCUCCAAGCAGGUGAUUUGUGACUUUGAUCCCUUCUUUAGGAAGGGUCUCUUCGAAACUUCCAAGUAUGGCACUGCAUAGUGGUCUGUACAUGUAACUGGCUCGUUAUAUUGUUAAUGCAUAUUGUUGGAGAAUGACAAGAUGUUUUCUUUUAAUCCACCAGAAUGUCACUGCCUGAUCUUUCCAUUUGACAUAGUGUAUAUUUAUAUGGACUUUGUAUAGUAGGGCAUCUUUCACAGCUUACAAGCUGCCAGUAAUAACAUGAUUUUAUUGUUGUGUUGCUGAAUAGGCGACAUAAGAUAUUGCAUUUGACGGAUGUGGCAUUUAUUAUCCUUGUGUAGACUUUUACUUGAUUAUCCAGUCAUCAUGAAACUUGGUGACAGUGUUUCUGUGUAAACUGUCCAUGCUAAGUUUGAUUGUCAGAUGAAAACACCAGAGUUAUGCCCCUGUCAAAUUCAUUUUGAUUGAAAUAUAGUUGGUUUAUUGCUUUUUUCAGACAACACUUUGUAUUUAUAAUGCUGAAACUUAGUGCUUGUGUUUGUGGUCACAUUGUCCACGUGUAGUCUGAUGAUUUGCCACAGUAACACCAGAUUUAUACCCCUUACACUUUAAAAUACAAUUUGCUUAUUUCUAGUUUUUAUAGGUAUAAUAAAUAUACAGUUAUGGUAGUAUAUUUGGUUUUGAAAAUGAUGGGCGACUCGACAGGUGACUCAUCCAAUUUAGCUGCAUUCUAGAAACACAUCGAGUAGAAACUACACAUGUAUAUUACAAACUUUAGUCUAAAUUGCAAUCGUGCAGUUGCAAUUAUAAGAAAUGCUAAGCCUCUAUAAUAAUUAGUGCUAAUGGCUAAAAUGUUGUUUUUUCCUUUAUAUUUUUUUAAUUCAUCUACAUAUAGAAUUUAUGUAAUAUUUAUUUAUAAUUGAACAAACUGACAUUGUAUUUUGAUGUUGCCUUCAUAAAGCUUACAAUUCGUACACGUACAUUGCUUACCUAGUUAUUGUUAUAUGUUGUCAUACAAAUCAUUUCCCCAGUCGUAAUUAAAAAGUAAAUUAUUAUUAUUUUUGCACGUGCAGGGUUCAAGCUAGACUUUGAAAAUAGGGUGACGAAGUAUGGGAUUUUUUUUUAGUAUUUAUUUCAAAUAAUUAUACGGUAAUCAUAGAAUUUAAACUGAUAAUUGAUAAGAUGAAAAAUAGUGAUUUCAAAUAUGAUGAAGAGCACUGCUAACAUUAAUAGAAUUUCUACAGAAUUGAGAAUUAAGUCUCCCUUCUGAGUUUGACAGUUGAGGGAGACUUUCCCAAAGUCCCCCUUAAAACAUCAUUGGCACCCCAGCGUAAUAAAAACUUAUAUGAUACCUUGGGAAAAUUUGCUAACAAAACUCCAUAAUUCUUGAAUAUUUAUUAGCAUUUUAUGACCAAUGAAAUAGCUGAUAACAAAAAAGGAAGAUUCUCCAUUUUGAAAUCAGCAAAUAAACAAAAUACUUGAAUUUGAUGUCCCGCCUAAAAUGACUUCAAAGCGGCGAUCUCAUUGGAUCAUUCCAAACCAAAAUUUGAUCCUAACUUCUUAGCCAUUUUACAGCCAGUUUACCAAGGGUAUCAUAUAUGUUUUGAAAAUGCAGAGUUGCCGAGGAUGCCCUUAAGAUUAAUCCCUGAGUGAUGGAACGAUGGAUAGAAAAGCUUCGUUUGUUUGCUUCAUAAAUGUAAUUAGUCAAUUUUUUUACAUUCAUAUGCAAUGUAGGUUUAUAGAUUUGUGAGAGAGCAUUGUUUUGGGUCUUUUAUUGUAUGAUAAGAUGGCAAGUAAAUCCUAGCUGUUAUGGGUAUUUGUUUAUGGUUUGGAUUAUUUCAUUUUUUAGUUUAUAUAUGCUUUAUUUAAGAUGUGUGUUUUGUUGAUGCAUGGAUGAGAUCUGAUUUCAUAGGUUAAGUUCUACCUGUAGUACUUAACAUUGUUAAACGAAACUGUUCUUAUACUACAUUUGAUUGAUGUAUUUUGUUUAUUUUUAAAUAAUUUCAUGAUUUUUAACAUUAGCCCAUCACCUGGAUAAAUAAUGAAUAAAUAUUAUGUCAUUUUACCCCCAGCAAACAAAAGAUUAAUCGUGCCCGCAUAAACUUCAAGAGGUAUUGCAUCACUCGUGUAAUAGGUCUAGUUGUCAUUGUUUUAUGAAGCAAUAACAGUUAUUCUUGUUUGCCUACCACAUCUUAUAGCUUUUACACUUAAAGUUUUAUCAAUGUGUCGGUUAAAAUAUAAUGAAAAUUGUUGAAUGAGAAAUAAAUUGAGAGAUGAAUGGUUACAAUUUUAAACAUGAUGGUUAUUAUUUUAUUAAACAAUGUUAUUUUGCAUGGUGUUAUGUGAUACUGUACCCAGAUCUGAGAUUACUACUUCAAGGGGACCAACAUGUUUUAUUAUUCUGAUUAUAUAAUAAUUAGUAUAGUAGUUAUAUGUAUUUGGAUAAUGAGAUUAUCUCGUUUUGUAUACAAUGACAAUAAAUUGUAUGUUAUCAUUAAAGGUUUAUAAAUAAAAGGUGCAUGACAGAUACAUGUAGAUUUUAUAAUUGUAAAGGAAAAUUGUGUUCAUUUAAUAAUUCUCAUUCCAUGUUGCUUGGUGUUAUCCAUGCUCUUUUUGUGUUCCUGCUUCUGUAUUUCGGCAGCAAAUCUGUUCGGCCAACUGGUACUUUAAUUCCAAACUGAUCAGUCAUUUGGCACUUUAAUUCAUAUAUGUAUUUGCCCAAAUGGCAUUUUAAUCACAAAAAGUUUGGCCUAUUUGCAUUUUGAUCCGAAGCUGGUUAUAUUAUUAAAAAUAAGCCGAUUUACUGUCCGAUAAUGUAGUUAGCUAUAGCAUGUACAAAAUAGCUUAGUGGUAUUUAUUGCUCCAAUUGUCUAGUCAUGCUUCAAGGUCAUACCAUAAACAUUUAUGUGCCAGGUCAUCUACAAUUUACAAAUCUUACGGUAUUUCUGUCAAUCUUUUAAUGGCAUAUCUCAGUGAAAUGUAACAUACCGGUAAUAAAAUUUGGUACUUUAUGAAAAUUACUUGCAGUAAAAUAGGGUUGCAUAGAGUUGAUAUGUGUGGGAAAAAUUGCCUGUAAGUUGUGGCUAUAACAUAACUUAGUCAUUUACACAAGGUCGGAGGAACAAAACAGUUAAAAUACAAACAAACAAAUCUCACACAUGUUGCCUCUAUGCUCCUGUAGUAAAAUGGUCUGCAUUAUAUGCAUGUUUACAUUGCUAUCCAAAUAUUGCUAUAUUUGUUUGAUUUUAGAUAUGCAUGAUGUAAAAUAUUAUGAUCAUAUUGUGAAUCAUCUUUCUAAUGAAUCAGGAUAUAUUAUGAUGUUACAUUAUGUCAAUGUUUCACUAACUGUGCUUAUUUCCCGCACUAUGAUCAUGCCUUAUUCAACAUACAUAUCAUCAUCCAAAGAAGCAAAUCCUACGGGCAUAUACAGAAAUAUGUACUAUUUACUUGUGUAUAGACGGUAUUAAUUAAUAUGUUAUUAUUUAACACUCACGAUAUUGUACAAUCAAUGGCUAUAUAUGAACUCAUUUCAAUAUUCAAAAUGUUAACAAUGUUAGUCACAUUUACCUCGGUUAGAAUAUGUUUGCAGUGCAGCAGUUGUAUAUGUCACACUACCCUUUAACACUUAAAACACUUAAAUUAGCAUUUAGUUACUUGAAUGUUUUGGCGGCUUGUCCUCUACAUGUAUAUUAUCCACCGACUGUUAAAUCAUUUACAUCUACAGAUCCAUCUCGAGACUACAUCUCGGAUAUCCAUAAUGACUAGAGUACAUUACUUUAUUUUUUCAGUGUUUUAUAACCAAGGUUUUAAUUAUUAGGAAUAUUGUUUACAAUAGUUUUUACAAGCAAAAUCUUACAUAUGUUGGACAUAUACUUGAUGUUUGGAAUAUGACACAAUAAACUGUUAAAACUUUA